UCUGGAUCUAUCGAGUGCUGAGCUGCUAAGUGCCUAGACUUGGCAUCAAUGACUUACUGCUGCAGUAUCCUCUUCCCUCAGGGCAGACUCCAGUAGUUAGGAAGGGCCUGCUUAGUAAUGGAUAAAGAAGAAAUGGAGAUAGAGAACACUUCUUAUCCCUUGAACGUGCCAUCGGAAACUCUACUUCCUAUCCAGCUCUUUGAGUUUAGAACUCAUUUGCUCGAAGCUGUGGAAGAACUACGAAUGGGGCGACUUGCUAAAGUUCAGUACGAAGAGCAAAUUAGCAAAAUUUUGAUGGAGAAACAAGAACUUGUGUGGAAGAAUGAAUCCUUAUCCAGUCAGGAAGAAAUCUUAGAGAAGAGACACAAAGAUGCGCUGGCUGUUUUAAAGAAACAGUUACAGUCAAAGAUGUGCACAGUGGAAGAGGAAAAGGGACGAUUUCAGCUGGCUGCAGAAACAAAGGAAAGGGAGAUUUUUGGUUUAAAAGAAGACAUAAAAGCAUUGCAGAUUUCAAAAUACAACUUGCAGAAAAAAGUACAAGAAAUGGAACAAAAACUGCAAUUGUACAUAUUAGCAAAAGAAGACCACAUUAAACAACUGAGUGAUUGUGAAAAAUGCUUUGGAAAUGUGACACAGCAGUUUGGAAUGAUAAAGGAGGUGCAUGAAAAGCUAGAACAAAAUGUAAAGGCAGCAAUGCAAAACAAUAAAAAGAUGAAAAUGGAAAUUAAAAGAAAAAAUGAUGAAAUAGAUCAUCUGAAAGAGGAGUUAAACAAACUGUCUUCUGAUUUCAUGAACUAUAAAGUGACCUAUCAGCAGAGAGUAGUUGAGGAGAAGUUCAGCCUCUCUGAAAAAGAACAGCAACUGGAAGAGCUGAAAGAAAGACUUCAAAUGGAAACCGAAAUAAACAAAAGGCUCACGGAAGUAAACCUCACUAUGAAAGAGGAGAAACAGGAGGGUAUGAGAACUAUGAGUAAUAUGCUUACAGUAGUACAGCGACACAAUCAGACCACCAUAAGUUUGGAAAACCAACUGUCAGCAGUUAAGGAGGAUUACAAGACCCUUGAAAGAGAUAAUGAGCUUCAAAGGGCAAAGGCAACAGAAAAUGAAGAAAAGUUCCUGAUGCUGCAGGGAGAGCAUGAAACAGCUCUGAGAACGUGGAAAAAACAGGAAGAAACUUUUGCCAUUCAGUAUGAUACGAUUAAAAAAGAAUUACAAGCUAUAAAGAAGGAGUAUGAACACCUGCAGGAAUGCAACAGUACAUCAUUGAAUAAUGAACCACAAACUAUGACACAGGCACAAGAGCAAGAACGUGCAGCUAACAUGUUUAUUAAAGAUCGUGAUGCAGAACACAGCACACCUGCAAAUAAAAUCCAGAGCGAUCCUGUAGACAACACAACAAGCUCCGAGAAUGCUGAUAGUGCACCAAUGAACAGCAAUGAAAUCCUGAAAAGGAAUGAGAGCAAUUUAGAAUAUGUUUGUAAAGAUACGAACAGCCUUCCAAAUGUUUAUAAUAUCAUAGAUAAGGUACAUCUUACUGAAGAGCCGCAGAACGAGUGCGGCCAUACAAAGAACAAAGACAACUUAGCAACUGUUAAACAAAGUGUGGAAGAGUGCUGUGCUGGGGAACACAUCGCUGAGAUCCCAGCUGACAGAGCAUGUAUGAAUGAUGUUGCUGAAUGUAAUGACAGAGCAGCCGAAUGCAGCAAUUCUAUGCAGACACAAGUCAUAGUGGAAUCCGUCAAGAUGUUGCUAGACAAUAAUAAACCACUGACUGUCUGCAGGGAAGAUGUACGUCAGCAGACAGACUCCAGCCAUCGUAAAUCUGGGGAUGGUACAAGCGAAGUCCUUUAUACUGUAAUUGAUAAGGUAGACACUACAGAGAAUGGUAAAGGUAUCAUAGUAAAUGAGAUACCCGCACAAGAAUCUCAAAUGUUUCCUGAAACUACAGAACAAUUCAUUGUUGGGCAGAGUGCAGACAGAGAGGACUCCCCAGCUGGAAUCAGCUGCACUCUUGGGGGUGGAAGUAGAUUUCACUCUUCUGUUUCGAACUGGAGCACAUCAGAUUUACGCACAAUUUCUCUUCUUACUGAUCAGAAUAAAGAGACUAAAACAGACCCCUUGCAGCCAACAAAGGAGAGCCCUGGUGGAGUAUGUGCAGAGUCCACUCUCUGUAAACAAAUUGGGAAAGAUGACCACAAAUCAUUUGUAUUUGAAGAGCCUAAGAUGCUUAGCUUUGACAACACUCAAAUAGAAGAAAAGGAGAGUAAAGGUUUAGCCCAAGAACGUAAUGCAUCUACUAGUUCAGUGUUACUUCAGUCUUCCAGUUGUCAGGUACCUAUGAAAAAUGUGUCCUCAGAGUCUGUUCUGGAUCCAGAGGACCACACUUUGCACUCAUUACAACCAACUGAGAACACAGAUGCCUUGAAAUCUAACAAUUUACUCAUAGAUUUGGAAGAGUGUUGUCCACCAAUGAGUGAAAAGAAUGCAGCCAUGGUGAAAUCAAGGACAAGUGAUAUAAAUAUGAAGAAAGAAUUGCAAUCUGACAAACACACUGUCGAUGAUGACCAGGCGACAGAACAAGUUGGUGACCCGGUAUAUGUGGUUAGAGAAAAUGCUUUUAUUCAGGACGAAAGUAAUAUGACUAGUAGCUGUACAGGUCAAGAAGAUAGUAUCAAACCGCAUGUGGAGACAUCCUGCACAACAGCAGCCAUUUUGCCUGAGAAAAAGCCCAAAAUGCAAAAUGAGGGGACAGCGAACACAUGUAGCAAUUUGGCAAAAACAUUUACUUUGCCUAGAACAAAUCCAUGGAAUAGCUCAGCUAUACACAUCUCAUGCAGCAAACAGAGCAACUGUACUUCCCCUGUAGUGUCAAGUCAAGAGAUAGGUGCAAAAGCCGCGCAUGGUUCAACAAUUAAGAGAAGAAUAUUUGAUACCUUGUCUACAAAUGUCUAUCCAGUUCCCAGGAAGGAUCACAGUGCUGAGUGGAAUGCAAUAGAACAGAUAUUUAAUAAUUCUUCUGUUCCCACAGAACACUCAGAUACGAUGGAAAAAGUAAAUAGUUGUCCUGCCGCCACCAAUUUCCCCAGUCUACCUGAUGUAACUAACCUACAGAGUAAGCCACAGCCAGAGAUACCGCAGGAUUGCACAGUGUCCAGUAUACAGUGUCAGAUAAAUGCAAUUGAGAAGUUUUUAAUGGGGCACAGACUGAAUAUGCCAAAGAAGAGGAAAGUGGAGGAUGGUGUCCAAGUAGAGGAAGCAUAAAACAAUACCAUAUUUUA